UACACUACACUACACUACAGUACACUGCACUGCACUACCAGUACACUACACUACACUACACCACACUACACUAGACUACACUACACUACACUACACUACACUACACUACACUACACUACACUACACUACACUACACUACACUACACUACACUACACUACACUACACUACACUACACUACACUACACUACACUACACUACACUACACUACACUACACUACACUACACUACACUACACUACACUACACUACACUACACUACACUACACUACACUACACUACACUACACUACACUACACUACACUACACUACACUACACUACACUACACUACACUACACUACACUACACUACACUACACUACACUACACUACACUACACUACACAACACUGCACUGCACUACACUACACUGGGCUGUACACCACACUACACUACACUAGACGGCUACACUACACUAAACUGGGCUAUAUACUACAUAGCCUGUUCCAGGCUCCGAGAUAGUCGGGACCGCGAAAUUUGCUAAAGCACGAACACGAAAAUAAAACCGGAGGAAACUGGGGAGAACCACUGCCCCCUUUUCCCAGAUCACACUGUCAUGUUUUCGAGUGCCUUUCACUAAUGCGUCACCCUAGACUUUCUCAAAGCCCGUCGGCGUUCACGCAGUCGACUUGUAGCAAGUCUAGCGUCUCCCGGCGUCUCCCCCACUAUGGAACAGGCUAUAUACUACACUGUACUAAAACACUACAUUGUACUGUACAGUACUUUAAUGAACCAUACUAUGUUAUGCUAUACUACGCUCUAG